CCCCAGCUCCACAAGAGGAGAAGCCACCGACCCAGCCCCGCCUGGGCGAACUCACGGCCUCCCAGAUCACCUCUGACUCCGUCCAGCUGGAGUGGAGCGUCCCCGAGGGCACCUUUGACUCCUUCACGGUGCAGUACAGGGAUGCAGUAGGGAAUCCCGAGUCACUGCUCAUGGACGGUGGCUCCCGCACAGUGAGCGUGCCUGGGCUGUCACCGUCCCACCGCUACAAUUUCUACCUGUACGGGGUGUUGGGUCCGAAACGUGUGGGCCCCAUCUCCUUUGACACCAUCACAGCCCCAGCUCCACAAGAGGAGAAGCCACCGACCCAGCCCCGCCUGGGCGAACUCACGGCCUCCCAGAUCACCUCUGACUCCGUCCAGCUGGAGUGGAGCGUCCCCGAGGGCACCUUUGACUCCUUCACGGUGCAGUACAGGGAUGCACAGGGCCAGCCCCAGGUGCUGCCCGUGGAUGGUGGUUCGCGCACGGUGAGCGUGCCUGGGCUGUCGCCGUCCCGGCGCCACAAGUUCAACCUGUACGGGGUGUGGGGUCGGAAGCGCCUGGGCCCCGUCUCCAUCGACACCAUCACAG